CUGCGAGGCUCCAGGCUUUUGUGGUUCUGCCCCUGGGGUUAUGUACAAGUGUAGCACUUCAUGAAGCCACUGGGAUAUCCAAUUCCAAAAAAGUAAAUACAAACGUGCAUUGUUACUACGACAAGAAACAAAUAUAAUUCUUUGUUGUGUUUAACAUAGGUUUGUUCUGUCAUGUUGUUUUUUUUCUGCAUGAAAAUUACAGCUGUCUUAUCGGUGGUCGGAUUUUGACGUGCUGAGGAUGAAUUUCCUCUGGGGACGUGCAGACUGUUCUGUUGUUCUGCAAUGCCAUGAAUCUCUGACCUUACACAGCAUCAAGUUUUGUCCUGUCUAAUAAAAGUGUACGCUAAAAUCCACAUUGCUCAGAGACUGUAAGCAAAGUGACCUGACACAGGUGAGCUGGCUGCGACCCUCGCUGAACCCGCAGCCAUCCCACAAAGCCGCUUUUGUAGCAGAAAGUGAGCAAAUCUGCUGGGGUGGCAGAAAGCUUUGCUGUGAUAGCUGCGACCCCUCCCGAACUGCUUUGUCACCGUGCUGGGCUGCAUUCACCACAGGGAACAACGUCCCGUCAUGUCACCACAGGGUGCAUCACGCAAAGAGCUGGGGGGAGCUUCCUUUACCCAGGGUGUUCUUGAGCUGUAAAUCUCACUGUCAUGGGAAUUUGCGGAUGCCAGAUUUCUGCACUUGGCCAAAAAGCAAACAAAUUCACAUGAAAAAGACACACCAAAAGGAAUUGAGCACUGAGGUACCACAAAAGCCGUGAGCAGCAGCUGACCGCAGGCUGGGAGGGUAGUGGGGAAGCACCACUGCCAUGUUUGCUUCCUCUUACACUUUUUGCUGGGCACCUGCUCCCAGCGGCCAUCAGAAGGCGGCUCCUCACCCCUGGGGUAUUUCUUUUAAAAUGAUCCAGCUCCCGGCUCUGCCACACGUGCUGCAUGCAGUCUGCUUUCCCUUCCUCCCCGGUGAAAAGAGAAGUCGGAGAACUCCUUAACUUUCUGUAUGGUUACGUGCGAUGCAUGCGUGCUACAGACAAGCUGUACCCGCUGCAGGAGGUGCGUGGCCGGGUUGCCGUGGCACCGGGCUCUGUUGACGAAGGGGCGCCAUGGACCGCGGGCGGCUGCCGGUGGUGGCGGUGGCGGUGACGGGGCUGCUCCGGGACCCGGCUUUCCACGUGGCCAAGUGCGCAGCUGAGGCGCUGAAGCUGAAGUUUCCAAGCAAGUUUGCGGAUCCUGUAAUAUGUCCUUUAUUAGAAUUUGCAUGGCAUGAAUAUUUACAGGAGAAGAAGAAGGAACUGCGAGGUGAGGUGUGGGCAUACGCCUCCCGCGUGAUGUGCUUCGUUGAUGGGUGGCUGCUGGGGGACGAGAAGGAGCUGCUCAGGUGGGCCCUCCACCAGUGGGACUACCGCGAUUUUAAGCCCGAGGCGCUUUAUCAAGCCAUCUCUGAGGAUUUCUACACCAAGCACCUGAAGAACAGCCAGCACGUGUUUGUGUACCUGGACAUAGCCAUUGAUGAGCAGCCCGUCGGGACACUUCUGUUUGAGCUCUUUUCUGAUGCGUGCCCCAAAACCUGUGAGAAUUUCCGUGCUCUGUGUGUUGGAGGAGUGAAGUCUCCUUGCAGUGGUCGAGAGCUGACUUACAAAAAUUCCUGUUUUCAUCGGCUGGUAAAAAACGGGUGGAUCCAAGGAGGAGACAUAGUCACUGGGAAAGGAGAUGGAGGAGAGUCAAUCUAUGGUCCCACCUUUGAAGAUGAAAACUUCUCCAUCCAUCACAAGGGAAGAGGAGUCCUCGGGAUGGCCAACAAGGGCCGCCACAGCAACGGCUCCCAGUUCUACAUCACCCUCCAGCCAGCUUCCUACCUGGACAAAAAGUGUGUGGCCUUUGGGCAAGUGAUUGAGGGCACGGAGGUUCUCCAGCGACUGGAAGCUGUACCGACGUACAAUGAAAGGCCUACAGUGGACUGCAAAAUUUUGGACUGUGGGACCUUCCAGCCGUGAUCGACAGUUGGAUUUCCUGCAUGCAGUAAGAUAGAGCACUGUUUUCUGCUCAGGCUUUCAGUUAAGAUAAGAAUAAAACCACUUCUUUGUACAUGAGAAUGUUUUGGGAUUGUUAUUUUGACUUACUUUAAAAAGUGUUUAUAGGCUGUUAAAAGCGCUUUUACACAAGUAUAGGGAAAGACUUGUGAACAUAUUCCAGUGCCAGUCCCCAGUUUACGAAUAACGGUGUUAAAAUAUGAUGAUACAGUGACAGGCAGACACGGUAAGAUGCACAU